AUGUUGAGAUCGAUGUUUGGCCCAUGGAAGCAUAGUCGAGAGUUCCGCCGUUUGAUGGUUACUGAACUCCGUCCACUCUUUCCACUUCAGUCACUUAAUUCUAUUGGCUCUGUGCGCCCACCAGUGCUGGCGCAAAUCAGGAAUUUUUCUGAACUGAGCCCAUCAUUCAAUGAUAAAACCGACCAUUCCAACCAGUCAAAGUUUGAGACCGCUAAACAGUUUUGGAAAAAUGCACAUGAAGAUGACUCCAAAGAGUCAAAGUUGGUUUUGAAGUAUUUGAGAAAAGGUGGUGCCAUUUCAAUCCUAGUUGUGUUUGCUUCCAUUGGCUUAGCAGUAUAUCAAGCAAACUCGAACCAGGAUGAGGGCAAGCAAGAUAUACUUGAGGAAAUGGAAAUUCAAGAGUAUAUGCCUAAAUUGAGCGAAGAUAUUCGAUACAAAAAGACUGGAGUAUAG